AUGGCCGAUUAUGGCGCCCAUGGUGAUCAUGGCGAUCGCGUCUUCUGUCAUGCCUGUGGCGCGGUUUGGUUGAAAGACGAUGAUGGUUUGACGUGCCCACACUGCGAGUCCGGCUUCACGGAGAUUAUUGAAAUUCCCCCAGAUAAUGUUUCACCAGAACCACUUAUCGAACCUGACUCUACACCGGCCGAACCGUGGGAAAAUGAUAACCCAUGGUCGCAAGAAGACUUACCACGGACUUUUGGCUUCAUGAACUCUCCAUCACCGAGCUCUCCACGCUACUCUCAACAUACAUAUAGAUCUCCAGGAGGUCAAUUUACAUUCACCAGCACCUCAGUACGAGGGGGAUACUCAAACCGACAUGGUACCACUCCAAUGAAUCCCGCGAUGCCAAUGAUGAUGCAGGGCCUAGGUUCAAUACUCCAGGCGCUCUCGGAAACCGGAGCUGACCACCGAGGGCCUCGAGCUGGGGCUAUGGAUCCAUUCCACCCGGAUUCACCUGGCUGGGACGAUCAUGACCGCCAUGGAGUUAACGAAUCCGACGAUCCCCCGGAGAUGUACCCACGCGAUGCAAACGCGCCGCAUACAACAACCGCGCCGGCAGGCACGUUAGCCGACCUUUUGGAAAGCCUCCGACGGGACUUUGGACGACCGGAGAGGGGCGGCGCACAAGGCGCAGCAGGCCCUAACCCUCUCGCGAACCCCCUUGCCAUGCUUUCGGUUCUACUCAAUAUGGACCGGAAUGGCGACGCAGUAUACUCACAAGAGGAACUUGACCGGGUCAUAUCACAACUUAUUGAUCAUAAUGCAGCGGGAACGGCACCUCCAGGUGCAUCCACUCCGGCCAUCCAAUCUCUACCUAAGAAGAAGGUCGACCAGCAAAUGUUAGGAUCGGACGGCAACGCGGAAUGCUCCAUUUGCAUGGAUAUGGUAGAACUGGGGACUGAAGUCACAGUGUUACCCUGCACACACUGGUUCCACUUUAGUUGCAUUGAGGCGUGGCUUGUACAGCAUAAUACCUGUCCACACUGCCGUCGGAGUAUCGACUCCGCCAGUGGGUAA